GACCAUCUCCAAGAAAUAAUAUCACAAUUCCCUAUUCAGUCCCCCGAUGACCAAUCCUCUUCACAUUGCUAUUUUUCUCAUCCGAGGUCUCUCAACGACCAAAACCACAAAAUCGAAACCAAACAAAUAAAACUAAAAAAAAAAUAAAGAAAAAAAGCUAAAUCAGAUCUGAGAUCGAAAUAAAAAGAUGAAUACGUUAAUCCCAUCGGAGAAACGAUGGAUCAUCACCGGCGUUUUACUAGCUGGUUUAGUAGGCGGUGCUUUGCUCUUCACAAGCUUCAUACGAGCCGCAGACGAGACUCUCUUCCUCUGCUCCACCGCGAGCGCCAAAAGCCGAGCCGUUGCCGCGGCUGCUGACUACGAAGCCACACCGAUCCAGCUCCAAGCGAUCGUCCACUACGCUACAUCCACCGUCGUCCCGCAACAGAACAUGGCCGAGAUCUCGAUCUCUUUCAACAUCUUGAAAAAGCUAGCUCCUGCUAACUUCCUCGUGUUCGGUCUCGGCCGUGACUCGCUCAUGUGGGCUUCUUUGAACCCGCGCGGCAAAACCUUGUUCCUGGAGGAAGAUCUUGAAUGGUUCCAGAAAGUGACCAAAGACUCUCCGUUCUUGCGUGCGCAUCACGUGCGUNUCAUCUCCAAGAAAUAA